AUACUCGUUAAUAAUAGUCGUUUUCCAUCUCUCUCUCCCUCUCUCCAUUCGAUCGACGAUCAAGAAAGAAGACAAUGCUGGCAGUUUUUGACAAAUCGGUGGCGAAGAGCCCGGAGGCCCUGCAGAGCCCUCACUCGGGCACCCUCUCGGCUCUGAAAGAUGGAGUUCUGGUCCACCACUUCAGCUCUGUGCACCCUGGCUCCAUCACUGUCGACUUCGGCUCUGCGGGCCUCGUGGCAUGCUCGCUCGACAAACAGAACCCCCUCCUCCCCAGAUUGUUUGCCGUAGUGGACAACAUUUUCUGCUUGUUUCAAGGCCACAUUGAAAAUUUUGUCCUGCUUAAGCAACAAUAUGGGUUGAACAAAACAGCAAACGAGGCUGUCAUUGUUAUAGAAGCGUACAGAACUCUGAGAGACCGUGGUCCUUAUCCUGCUGAUCAGGUUGUGAGAGGUAUCCAAGGGAAGUUUGCGUUUAUUGUCUAUGACAGCACCUCUAGAGCCACAUUUAUUGCCGCUGAUGCCGAUGGAAGUGUUCCCUUCUUCUGGGGUACUGAUUCUGAAGGUUGUCAUCUUGUUCUUUCGGAUGAUGAUGAAAUUUUGAAGAAAGGCUGUGGGAAAUCUUUUGCACCAUUUCCUAAAGGAUGCUUUUUCACGACCUCUGGAGGCUUGAGGAGUUUUGAACACCCCCUUAAUGAAGUGAAGCCAGUGCCAAGGGUAGACGGUUCAGGCCAGGUGUGUGGUGCAAAUUUCUCGGUGGACAGAGAGUCUAAAAGGGAAUCUGUUGGCAUUCCCAGAGUCGGAAGUGCUGCCAACUGGUCCUCAAAUUUUUGAUCCUGAAUAUCAUUUCCUUCUUGUGGUAAGGCUGGUGCUAUUAGUGGGCCUUCCCAUGCAUUGGAUCUUUUCCUUAUCUUCUCCUCUUAUCCUGAAUGAGCUCAAUGUCUCAAAGGAUGCUUAGCUUUGAAUUGUUGUUAGUACUUUCAGAACUAAGACAUGAUUUUAUGCCGCAAUACACGUUGCCUAUGUCAGAACAAAGGCAUUUCUAUUCAAUUCUGA